AUGUUACGCUUGUCGUUACUAUGCUCAGCACUGCUAGUGAUUCUCAAUCUCUCCAAUGCGAUUGUACUGCGUGUACCAAUGAAAAAGCGCAAUGACAACGAGUUUGUGUCAUCUCUCUUGCGUAAUGUACAUGCUCUACAAUCUCCAGGUAUCUGGAAUCCUUUCGUGGACUUUCGACCGCAAAUCUCUGUACAAGGCGCUGCUGACGUCAUUAUCCGUGACUUCCAGAACGCGCAGUACUAUGGCUCAAUCUCAAUCGGAUCACCCCCUCAGCUCUUUUCUGUCAUCUUUGAUACGGGGUCAAGUAACUUGUGGGUCCCGAACAGGAAGUUCGGAUCUCAUCAUGUGUACGACCAUGACAAGUCCAGUACGUACAAGUCCAAUGGUACAGAAUUCAGCAUCAUGUACGGUAGUGGACCCGUGUCCGGUUUCCUGUCUCAAGACUCACUGCAAUUGGGUGGACUCACCGUGACUGAUCAAUUCUUUGCCGAGGUGAAUGUCACGAAGGGCUUAGGUCCAGCCUAUUAUCUAGGCAAAUUUGAUGGUCUAUUUGGUCUUGCCUUUGACGCUAUCAGUGUUGAUCACUUGAAGACACCGUUCCAUCGGAUGAUUCAAAAUGGCCUAUUGGAUGAACCUGUAUUUGCCUUUUACCUCGGUGACCGGAAAGACGGCGAGUUGACAUUUGGAGGAGUCGACAAGUCCCAUUACAAGGGAGAACUGGAAUAUGUUGAUGUGACUAGUGUUACCUACUGGUCGGUUAAGCUAGAUGCAGUGGAAGCAAAAGGAGAAAAGUUGACAAGUGUUGAUCGAGCUAUCGUGGACUCUGGGACGUCACUUAUUGCAGGCCCCAAGGAUCAAGUGGCAAAAUUGGCGGCCCUAGUAGGAGCACACAAGUUCAUUAUGGGUGAAUACCUUAUCAGCUGUUCAGCGGCGGCACCCGAUAUUUCCUUUGUGCUCAAUGGCAAGUCCUACACGCUGACUAAGGACGAGUACACUUUGAAAGCCGGUCCCAUCUGUCUCUUUGCCUUCAUGGGUAUUGACAUUCCGGCCCCUACUGGACCAUUGUGGAUCUUGGGUGACGUCUUCAUGCGCAAGCACUACACUGUCUUCGACUGGGGCACUGACUCGCGCAAGCCGCGUCUUGGCUUUGCACUCGCUGUCUAA